AUGGAGAGUCUCCUGGCAACAAGCGUCCCCAAAUCCCGCCUGGACGCGUACAUCCUCGCGGGAGUACAAAGGUAUUUGGGGUCGUCCGAAUUCACCCUCGGCAUAAACGAUGUCAUGGACCCGGCCAUGGAAAGAGGGCCGAGGAAGGUCGUCAUGGAGAUAGAGGCGGCCCGGAGGAAGAACGAGGACAUCCAACCCAUCCUCGAUAAGUACGCGGAUAGGGAGAUGAAGGGAAAGACGUCCGUGAUGCCGACGGGAACUCAAACACCCCCGAGCACGCCGCCGGGACCCAACGAAGAGCCGGAGACAGUUGGACCCGCACCACCCCCCAAGGGAAUAACUCUGGAAGCCGCGGAGGGGAGGGGCACCUCAACCGACUCCAACACUAACAACGAAGACAAGGGGAAGGACACGGCUUCGAACUUCCCUCAUCAGCCCGAGGGAGCCUCUCAAGGCAUGCCCGCGACUCCAGGUCAUUGGGAAACAUCCGGGAUUCCCUGGAUCGACCUGCAAUUGCCCGACCCUUAUUACGAUCCGAUGACCUUUCCCCUGGCAUCGGAGCUACACGAGGCACACAAGGCCGUAAUAGAGGCGAAGGCCGAAAACGACCGGCUGGAUAAGUUAUGGAGAGACACGGAGGCCUACUGGGAGGACCAUCUGAAGAACUCUAUACAGUUAGAGAUAUUGGCCAACAAUCGCCUUCGGACAUUCGAAGCCAAGAUACGGAAGAAAAAGAAGGACGAAGGCUUGUCCGAACCGGACCCAGAGGAUUUUAUUCCCCGCAACUAUUUUGAGAGCGUCUUGGUACAUCUCCGAAAGGCCUAUGCCUUGGUCGCCGUUAAGUGGGACCGGUCUUCUGACAAAAUCGAGGCUCUUCAAGUGUAUGCUGGUCAGCUUCGGGCGGCUUUGGAAAGUGCGAUAUCUUUUAUUGUAGAGACGGGGAAGGAGUACGAUUUUGAGGCAUUGUGGCCUGAGCCCUGUCCGGCCAUGCGAGACGACCCCGCUUCUCCAACUCGCGAAGCCGAACGCCUGAUAUAUGAGAACGACGCUCUGUUUCACGAGUUAGAUCGAGGGUCUCACUAG